AUGCUUCGAAGCCAGAUAUUGCUCUUGGCAGUUCUGUUUGUUGUCACGGUGUUGGCAACACCUAUCCAGCAAAAACAGAAACGGUCUUUCAAAGUCCCCCGUAUACGACAGGCCAACUACAAAGCAAAUGGCAAAGCUGCGUACCGAAGAGCACUCUUCAAAUUCGGGUUCAAUGAUAUCAGUUUUUUGCCCGAGGGAGAGAUCGCCACAAAAAUCAGAACAGCGACUGAAGCCUCAAUUGAGGCCGCCGACAACGAAGAUGGCGAGACUACCGCAUCUCCGACCCAGAACGAUGCUCAGUUCCUCUCUCCGGUGAAUGUCGGUGGGCAAACCCUGAUUAUGAACUUCGACAGCGGUUCUUCUGAUACAUGGGUCUUCAAUACAAACCUGCCAGCUUCUUCGCAGCAAGGCCACACAAUCUACGACCCGAACCAAUCUCCAACCUUUCAAAACCUUGAUGGCGAAUUCAACAUCACCUACGGUGACAGUUCCUUCGCUUCAGGCCCGGUGGGAGUCGACGAAGUCGACAUCGGCGGCGCCACUGUCGCAGCCCAAGCCAUCGGGCUUCCGGACGUCGUAGCGGACAGCUUUGUGACCGAUUCCGCUGCCAACGGCCUUGUCGGUCUUGCAUUCAGCUCCCUCAACACCAUCAGACCUAAUCCGCAAAAGACAUUUUUCGACAACAUCAUGGCAGACUUAACCCAGCCCGUGUUCACGGCACAGCUCAAAUCCGGCGAAGUUGGCGCCUAUGAAUUCGGCAACAUUGACACUACUGCCUUCACUGGCCAACUGACUACCGCCGCCGUCGACUCCUCCCAGGGGUUUUGGGAAGUUGACUCUGCGUCUGCCGCUGUACAAGGCCAGACCGUCAACAUCCCCAACGGUAAAGCCAUCAUCGACACGGGUACGUCGCUCAUGUUGGUCUCCGAUGAGAUGCUUGUUGCGUACUGGACCACUGUGGAUGGAGCACAAUUAAGCACCGAUGCGGGCGGUAUUAUUUUCCCUUGCAAUACUGCCCUACCCGAUCUCCAGGUCGCAAUUGGCGAUUCGUAUCUCGCGACCAUUAGUGGUGAUGGCAUGAACUUCGCCAAUGUCGGAACUGACACGCAAACCGGUGAAGAAUUCUGCUUCGGCGGCCUUCAGUCGAAUCAAGGCCUCUCGUUCUCCAUCUAUGGCGACGUCUUCUUCAAAUCGCAAUUCGUCGUCUUUGACGGCUCAGGCCCGUCCAUCUCCAUAGCGCCGCACUCUUAG